GGUAAGCGAUGGAGGAGGAAGAACACCACAGCGCAUCCGAGGCGGAGGACGAUGGCGGCGAUGGCGGCUUCCCGAUGGCAGGUGUGGCAGAUUUCAUGAAUGUCGACACCAGAUCGGCUUCCCGGAUCAAGCACGACAAGAAGCUCAAGAAGAAGGCCAAGUCCGGGGGUUUCGAGAGUCUCGGCCUCAGCCCCCCCAUCUAUCAGGCAAUCCGGAAGAAAGGCUACUCCGUGCCGACGCCGAUCCAGAGGAAGACGCUGCCGCUGAUCCUGGCCGGGAACGAUGUGGUGGCCAUGGCUCGGACAGGGUCGGGUAAGACUGCCGCAUUUCUCAUUCCAAUGCUGGAGAAGCUUAGAGCUCACAGUCCCAAGCCUGGAGCUCGAGCGCUCAUUCUCUCUCCCACGAGAGAAUUGGCCUUGCAAACAUUUAAGUUUUGCAAGGAACUUGGGCGAAACACUGAUUUGAGGAUCACUGUCCUCGUCGGUGGUGAUAGCAUGGAGACGCAAUUCGAGCAACUUAGCAAGAAUCCGGAUAUCUUGAUCGCUACUCCUGGUCGACUCAUGCACCAUCUCUCGGAAGUGGAGGGUAUGUCACUCAAAAGCGUCGAGUACGUGGUUUUUGACGAGGCCGAUCGACUGUUUGAGAUGGGAUUCGCGGAGCAGCUCAGGCAGAUUCUAACCCAGCUUCACGAGCUCCGACAAACUUUACUUUUCAGCGCUACGUUGCCAAGGCUACUUGCGGAUUUCGCCAAGGCCGGGCUCAAGGAUCCAUUGACGGUGCGUUUGGACACCGAGACGAAGAUCAGCCCCGACUUAAAACUGGCGUUUUUCACCAUGAGGAAGGAAGAAAAGCUCGCGUGCCUCGUCCAUCUUUUGAGGGAGGUGGUUUCUGCGGAACAGCAGACCGUGGUUUUCGUCUCGACGAAACAUCACGUCGAGUUUUUGUUCGAGGUUUUGAAGAGUGAAGGCAUCGAUCUGGCAGUCGUAUACGGGGCAAUGGAUCAGACGGCUCGGAAGAUCAAUGUUGCGAAGUUUAGAGCUCGGAAGACUAUGAUACUCCUCGUGACAGACGUUGCGGCUAGAGGAAUCGAUAUCCCCCUCUUGGACAACGUGGUGAACUUCGACUUUCCUGCAAAGCCCAAGCUUUUUGUUCAUCGGGUUGGCCGUGCUGCUCGAGCGGGAAGAACAGGCACAGCUUAUUCGUUUCUCACAUCGGACGAACUUCCUUAUCUACUCGACCUCCACCUCUUUCUUUCCAAGCCGGUGCGUCCAGCGCCAACAGAGGAAGAUAUCGUCUCAUCUCCGGGUCUGUUAUCAGAAACUGAAGAGGCAGUAUCCAGAGGUGACACUGUCUAUGGGCGAUUUCCACAGUUGGUUUUAGAUACCACUAUGGAGAGAGUACGAGAAAGCAUUGACCAAAGCACAGAUAUCUUGGCAUUGCAGAAAGCAUGCAGCAACGCUUACAGGCUCUAUUCCAAAACCAGGCCUACACCGUCUCCUGAAUCCUGUAAGAGAGUGAAAACUCUAGCCAAAGAAGGCCUUCAUCCGCUCUUCAGGAAGAAAGCCGGCACGGCUGAUGCAGCCGCAGCGUUCGCAGAACGUCUCAAAAACUUCAAACCAAAGCAAACGGUUCUUGAAGCAGAAGGUGAAGCUGCUAAAGCGAAGAAAAGAAAGACUCCCCUCGCAGACUCUGUGGACGUUAUGAAGAGAAAAAGGGAGGUGCACGACAGAUUUGUAAAACCCCGGGAAAAUGCGCAAAAUUCCCUCCGGGAAAGUGUCCAACAGUUAUCAACUAACGAGACCGAUGAGUGCUCGAUGCCACCAAAGAAGAAGAGUAGAAAUGGUGGGGAUGGCCUUAAAAUUAUCUCCAACAAUUUUCGCGAUGAAGAGUUCUACAUCAACUCCAUACCCUCAAACAGGCACUCGGAAUUGGGUCUAGCUGUUGAUGCCUCUGACGGGUUUGGAAAGAACAGACUGGACACCGAAGUACUUGAUCUUGUUCCUGAAGACGACUCCGGAGUACAAAAGCAAAAGGCUACUUAUCACUGGGACAAACGAAGCAAAAAGUACAUCAAGCUCAAUCGUGGAGAGAAGAUAACUGCAUCUGGAAAGAUCAAAACGGAGAGCGGUGCCAAGGUUAAUGCCGGAAACCGCAACCUUUACAAGAAGUGGUCAGAGCGAAGCCACAUGAAAGUUUCUAAGUUUUCAAACGAGAAUGAUGACGACGAAAAAACGGACGGCCGCAAGAGGAAGGGCGGGUUCGACAGAAACAAUGGCAGCGGAAGGAACAAGAGGAUGAAGCAAAUUCCAAACGCAGGCGCUCGCAGGGAGCUCAAAGGCGUUGAAGAGGUGCGAAAGAAAAGGCAAGAGAGCAAGAACAAGUCCACAAAGAAAGGUGGUUUUGCUAACAAUAGAGGCAAAGGCAAAGGUGGCUCUGUUGGAAGAGCCAAAGGCAAAGGUAGCAAAAGGCGUUAGAAACUUAGGCCCAUAUUCCAUUAAAGUUGUUUUGGCCUUUGAGGAAGGAACAUUUUGGAAUGCCUCUCUUACAGCACUUCAAAAUAAUUUUUGUUUUUGUAGUGUGAA